AUGUCGAAUAAUUUUUCAUCGUUACAAACAUUUGAAAAUGAUUUAUCGAUGUUUUAUUGUCAACCAAAACUAGAACAAAUUGAUGAUGAACAACACAAUAAAAAUCUUUCAAUACAACAUCAUCAAAUGAUGAUGAUUGCUAAUAACAAACAAGAAAAAAAAGGAACAACAUUUCCAUUUGGAAAAUGUCGAAUUUGUCAAGAUAUUGCUACUGGAGUACAUUAUGGUGUUAUUACAUGCGAAGGAUGUAAAGGUUUCUUCAAACGAAGUAUUACUCAAGGUCUACCAUAUCGAUGUUUUUUGGAUGAUAAAUGUAUAAUUAAUAUAGAAACACGUAAUCGAUGUAAAGCAUGCAGAUUUAAACGAUGUCUUGAACAAGGUAUGGCAAUAGAAAGUGUUAAAAUGGGACGAAUACCAAAAAAAGUUAAAGAAAAAGCAUUAAGAGAUUAUUAUAAACGACAAGAAAAAAAAUCUCAAUAUGAUCAACAACCAUUAGAAGAUAAUCAAGAUACUCGAUUAUAUUAUGAUGAUUAUCUUAAUGAUUUUGAAAUGGAUAAUUAUAAUUUAUCAAAUUUACAAAGAGAUUCAAUAUCAUCUGUAUCGUCAACUUCAUCAUCAAGUACUUCAAGUAUAAAUAUACGACGAUCAAUAGAUUCUAAUCACGAAAUAAUUAUUGUACCACAAGAAAUAUUAAACAAUGUAGAACAAUCAUUUUAUACAGAUGAUUUAAUUGAAUUAACAAUAGCAUCAUCAAAUAUUCAAAUUAAUAAUCCUAAUAAUAAUUUAUCUUCACUUCGAUUACCAACUAUAUUUUAUGAAUCCUAUUUAUCAUUAGAAACAAAUUCUAAUGUUUUAUCAGAAAAUUCAAUAAGAUCAAAUAUAACAACGAAAUUAAAUAAUAAUAAAGAUAAUGAUCAUUUAUUAAAGAAUUUAAAAAAUAAUGAUACACUAACUGUUUCAAAUUAUAUAUCGAAAUUAAAUGCAAAUACUUUAGUUGAUCAUAUGUAUAGUUAUGAAUUACGUUAUUCAAAAAACGUUCUUCAAACAAUGAAAUAUCUUGCAUCAAAACUUCGUCAACCAUUUCUUAUCUAUGAACUUGAUUUUGAAGUAACAAGUUUUUUUCGUUAUAUACGUUGGAAAAUGCUCAAUUUUUAUUUAAAACAUACAACAAAAUUACGAAUACUUGUUGAAAGAAUGUUUGGUAUUAUUAAUCUUGGUAUUACUGAUUAUCCGGGCGUUAAUGCAACGUUAGAACAAAUAUGGAUGGGUAUUAAAGCUAGUAUACCAAAGGAUAUCACUGAAUUAGUUGAUUUUGCUAAAAAUGUACCUGGACUUAAUGAAUUAAAUGUAAAUGAUUUUACUCGAAUUUUAAAUAAUCGAGCAUUUGAAUUUUGGACGAUAAUGCACUAUCCAUUAUUUUAUAAAAAUGAAUCUUAUAUAAUGACAGCAACUGGAUUACAUUAUACACGUUAUUUUAUGAAUCAAAUAAUUGGAAAAAAGACAACUGAUGCUUUACAUGAAUUUUCUGCAUGUCUUCAUGAAUUAAAUAUAACACAAGUUGAACAUAGUCUUAUCAUUCCAAUAAUUCUUUGUUUACCAGAUGAACAAUUAAUAGAUUGUGAAAGUGUACAUAUUAUUAAAUAUUGUUAUAUGUAUGCACUUUAUAUUCAAUUAUGUACAACACGAACUGAAGAUGAAGCAAAAUUAGUAUUUGAAAAUAUUCUUCAGAUUACGAAGUCUAUUGGUAUGCUUAAUGAAUUGUGCAAGAAAAAUAUUGGAGAACUUAAACUUAACAAAACAAUAUCUCAUGAAUAA